AUGGCCAGGUCACUCCACGACUAUUCCACCCCCGCUGUUGCCAAUGUGCCCGUUGGGCCCGCAGUCAACACUGGGAAUGGAAACUUCAAGCUUCGCACUGGCCUACUCACGAUGGUGCAGGCAAACCAGUUCCAUGGCUUGCCACACGAGGACGCAAAUGCUCAUCUUCAACAGUUCCUUGAGUUGUGCGACACCAUCGUCAUCAAAGACGUCGCAUCAACUAGCAUCAACAAAACCAGUGCUCUAAGGAGGGAGAUAUCCAACUUCCAACCAACAUCACUCGAGUCCAUCCCUAAAGCAUGGGAAAGGCUGCAGGACCUUGUCCGAGCCUAUCCCCACCAUGGAAUGGAAGAUUGGCUUGUGCUCCAGAACUUUUAUGAGGACCUGACAACCAUAUCAAUGGAGCACCUUAACGCCACAGCUGGAGGGGCAUUCCUCUCCCUCACCAUUGAGAAUGCCACCACACUCAUCAAAAAGAUUGUGGCAAACCAAAGUUGGGGAGAAGGAAGAGAAACACAAGACGACAUGUAUUCUGUGAAGGAGACGUGA